UGCUGAGCUGAUCCACCCCGAACAGACUCAGAGGAACCGGUCCAGGGCUCAUAAACAAGAUCAGCUGCUCUUACUACUAACUUUAACUCUGGUUGUUAGCAGAUAGCUAAGAAGCUAAGCUAACGGCUAGCUUGACGGGCUAACGUUCAACGCUUUACUGGCCUCUUGUGAUCUGAUGCCCCGUCUGCCGACCUGACGAAGAUGGUGUCGUCGAUUAUAUCCCGAUUUGUCGUGCUGCUGUUCGGAACCCUGUACCCUGCGUACUACUCCUACAAGGCGGUGAAGACCAAGAAUGUAAAAGAAUACGUCCGCUGGAUGAUGUACUGGAUUGUGUUCGCGCUCUUCACCGUAGCCGAGACCAUAGCAGACCUCACCGUAGCCUGGUUUCCCCUCUAUUAUGAAAUAAAGAUCGCCUGCGUGAUCUGGCUGGUGUCGCCCUACACUAGAGGAGCCAGUAUUAUCUACAGAAAGGUCCUACAUCCUCUUCUGACCUCAAAAGAAAGGGAAAUCGACGACUACAUCGUCCAAGCCAAAGAGCGAAGCUACGAGACGAUGCUGCACUUCGGCAAGCAGGGCCUAAGUAUAGCGGCGACGGCGGCUGUCUCCGCGGCUGUCAAGGGACAGGGAGCAAUCACGGAGAAGCUGAGGAGUUUCAGCAUGGCUGACCUCACCCAGAUCGGGCAGGAGGAUGCAGGCGGCGGGUCAUACCCACCGUAUUCCAGCGCCAAUCCAGCCAGAAGAGCAAAAGCCUCCACCCAGCCUGAUGAAACCGAUUACGAUGACGAUCCUGACGACGACCGUGCUGACGAGGAGGGCGAGGGCGUUUUCUCCGAGGACGAAGCGGUGUCGCAGCGCGGCAUCAGGCGAUCACAGAGUGUCAAAGUGGCACGCUCUAAACUCCGCAAAGACGCACGUUAUGGAUCUCUGAAGAUCAAGGGGAGACGGAGGACCCCGGUAAAUACCAUGACCUACACAGGGCCCGACCAAUAACCAGUGACUACUGACUCACAAGAGCCUCAUCUACAGAGACCCAACGAGUGUGAAUGAUGUUCGACUCUUUUAAUGGCUGUGGGUUCUAUUUUUACUCCCGCUGUUUUUACUCCUGUAGGUUUUUUAAUGCAACACAUUUACUAUUUAUUUCUGACGUACAGAUCUAACUCAACACAAGCGUGUACAUUUGUAAAAAUAAUAUCAUACAGAAGAAAAGAAUAUAUUGUCAUUUUUACGAGGGUUAUUGUGAUCACGUGUUUAGCUUUUUCUGAAUUUCACAGUCGGUGCAACUUUUGAUAGUAUUUACUAUUUUAUCUGCAGUAUUUAAAUGCUGUACUUCUGUGGACGUGGGUUUUGUACUCCCAUGAUGUUUUCAUGGUUCUUGUGCUGCCUUGUGUGUAGUUUAGGAGACUCACCUGAACACGGAUCAGGCCAAAGCUUUCCCAUAAAAAGGGAUUUUUAAGGGAGUCAAGAGGUAAAAACUACUAGGUAGAUUGAACGAAUGAACUGAGUGAAUGAAUUUAAUUAUCAAAAAAUUGGUGACGGUUUUAAAUGGGUGAUUUUAUUCUAGUUUUAUUAAGUUUUUAUGUUUUUAAAAGUCCUUUGCACAUUUAAAACGGUUGUCUGUCAUCUCGCUGCAUGUAUCCUUGCUCUGUAAAAGGACCACAUGUUAACUUUAUACCAAAGUGAUAUACUCCACUACAUCUGGUGAAGGUCAGAUUAAGUUUCUGAUGUUGAUCUGCUUGGAUGAAUGCUUUAUUCUAAAUGAAUGUGCUGGUGUGAGUGAAUAAACGUGUACACGUUCA